AUGGUAGAUGUGAUGAGGACAACUUCUACCACUUCGUCUAGAUCGAGAUCCUCAACAAAUCAAAAUGAUGUUUUAGUUCAUGAUCGAGAUGUGACCACCACCACCGCCACAACACCCUCAAGAUUAGAGAGCAAUGAAGGUGACCAGGCCCGAGCUCUCCAUACGUACUCCACCGCCACCACACCCUCAUCGAUUAUUCGUACGAAAGUGACCAAGGAUGAUACAGCAAGAAUGAGUCGAGAUAAAUUUGAACUGAAUAGCGAUCGAGAUACCCAUGAUGAUGAAGUUAGUGAAUUGAUAUCAGUGAUGAAAUCGAUGCAGGUUAAAAACCCAACAUUGAUAUUGUUAGAUGGAACAUUGAAUAAUAUCGAUGCACGAAUACUUGUUGAUUGCGGUGCAUCACAUAAUUUCAUAUCUGAAUAUUUUGUUAAAUGUCACGGCAUACCAACGGAUACCGUACGUAAAAUGUCCGUCAGUGUUGCCAAUGGUAUAAAAU